AUGGGUGCCCCCACUGCGACCCCGCCACCGGCAAGCACCAGCUACGGAUACACGCCGACAUACACGCCGCCUUAUCGGACUCCCCAAAGCGCCUCCAGGAACACCUUCCCAGCGUCCACCCCGACACCUUCACCGUUGGGAAAGCGGAAAGCUGCCGCUGCCAACGAUGGGUCCCCUGAGAAGAAGAAACCGAAGAAGGAUCCCAACGCCGAAAAGCGAUUGCGCCGCUUCCGUCCCAGGCCGCCCUCAAACUUCAGCGACGUCUACAACAGAGCUCUAACGCAGAGAUUCUAUGUACUCGAGCGACGAAGAUGCGGCACCGAUGAAGUUCCAGAGGAGGAGGUCGAAUUGACGGGUUCCACGGGCAACAUCUACACAGUCAAGAUCGCCCAGCGCCCCACGUGCACCUGUCCUCAUUUCCUCGCCGGUAACCAAUGCAAGCACUGGCUCUAUGUCAUGUCCCGAGUCCUCCGCGCGAAAUUCGAACACACCUACCAACUUGCCCUGCUCACCACCGAACUCAAGGAGAUUUUCGCCAACGCCCCGCCCAUCGAUAAGCCCUCCGAUGCUACGCAGGAUAAGAACCGGAAGCCCGUCGAAGGCGACUGCCCCAUUUGCUUCUGCGAACUCGAGGCUGAGGGUGGCGAGGCAGUCGUCUAUUGCCGCGCUGCUUGCGGUCAGAACAUCCACAAGGAGUGCUUUGAUACUUGGGCUGCGACGAAGCGUAGGAGCGGUUCGAACGUGACGUGCCCAUACUGUCGCAGCGUGUGGGAGAACGACACUGGCGACAUGGUGAAGACCGUCAAGAAGAAAGGCCAGGCGACGUAUGAAGGCUAUGUGAACAUCGCGGAUCAACUGGGCAUCAGCACUCAAAGAGAUCACAGCACCUACUCGAGAUGGUGGAGAGGCUCGAGAUAUUAUUAA